AUGUCGAAAACAGAAAAAGUCUCAGCUGCUAAUCUUAAAAACCUCGCAUACAAUAUUCUGAAAAACUUCAACGACGAUGCGGUAAAAAAUAAGACUUUUCCUGAGUUGGCCAACUGCACAGAAUGUGAUAAGAAGAUUUUUGCCCAACCUAAUAAAGCAUUCACAACGCUAUUAUGUGGCCACGUAUACCAUAGAAUCUGUAUUGAGAAGAAACUUUUACUUAGCAAGCAACUAACGUGUCCAACCCCCAAGUGUGGAAAAAGCGUUGAAAUUCUUGAGGAGUUCACUACAGCCGAAACAGGUCUUAGACGUGAUUCAGAAUCUAGUACUUCUUCAUUAGUUGGGAAAAUGGGGAAGCAACUUAAUAUCCAAUCUCAAGAAAUUAUUGAUGAAGAAAUGUCAGAUGUCGAUAAUGGGGAGAAUAAGGAUAAUCAACCGAGGGAUAAGAGCAUCGUCAUGGUAGAAGGAUCCCAAAAAAGACCCAUCGAAGUUGACACUGAAGAGACAAAUACAAUGCAAGAUAAAUCACCUAUUAAGAAAGCAAAAAAGGAAGUUAAAAAUGAGGAUUUCCAGAUGUUGAAACGACUUAUCAAAGAGUUAAUUACUAAUAGUCCGCAUGUAUCUGAAAUUACCAAAGAAGCAGUGUCUGAGUCAUCUGAAGAUUUACUUUAUUUAUAUAAUAAUAUUACUAAUUCUGAAUUGCGAAAAGAGAUUGCAA